GCUAACUCAACUAGAUCAAAGGGGAAAGGCAACAAGAAUCCUUUAUUACCAUGGCUGAAACAAAGGCACUGUUGCUGUUGGAAAACUUUAUAGAUGGGAAAUUUUUACCUUGUAACUCAUAUAUAGAUUCCUAUGAUCCAUCAACGGGGGAAGUGUACUGCAGGGUUCCAAAUAGUGGAAAAGAUGAGGUUGAAGCAGCAGUGGUGGCUGCGAGAGCAGCCUUUCCUGCAUGGUCAUCCAGGAGCCCCCAGGAACGCUCUCAGGUGCUAUACCAGCUGGCAGAUUUGCUGGAACAGUCCCUGGACGUGUUUGCCGAAGCAGAAUCCAAAGACCAAGGAAAAACCAUAACUCUGGCAAGAACCAUGGACAUUCCCCGGUCUGUACAGAACUUCCGGUUCUUUGCCUCCUCCAUCUUGCACCAAACAGCAGAGUGCACGCAGAUGGAGCACCAAGGCUGCAUGCACUAUACUGUGCGGGACCCUGUGGGAAUCGCUGGUCUGAUCAGUCCUUGGAAUCUGCCACUCUACUUGCUGACCUGGAAGAUCGCGCCUGCCAUUGCUGCUGGCAAUACCGUGAUAGCCAAACCCAGCGAGCUGACAUCAGUGACAGCAUGGAUGAUGUGUAAGCUUCUGGAGAAAGCAGGUGUGCCACCAGGAGUUGUAAAUAUUGUGUUUGGAACGGGGCCCAGAGUAGGUGAGGCCCUGGUGUCCCAUCCAGAGGUGCCAGUCAUCUCCUUCACUGGGAGUCAACCCACAGCUGAGAGGAUCACACAGCUGAGUGCCCCUUACUGCAAGAAACUCUCUCUGGAGCUUGGGGGCAAGAAUCCUGCCAUCAUCUUUGAGGAUGCUAAUCUGGAGGAAUGUAUUCCAACAACCAUCAGGUCCAGCUUUGCUAACCAGGGUGAAAUCUGCCUCUGCACAAGUAGAAUCUUUGUCCAGAAGAGCAUCUAUAAUGAUUUUUUAAAGAGGUUUGUGGAAGCUGCCAGAAUGUGGAAAGUUGGCAUUCCCUCUGAUCCAUCAGCCAGCAUGGGAGCUCUGAUAAGUAAAGCUCAUUUGGAGAAAGUGAGAAAUUACGUCAAGAGAGCUUGUGCUGAAGGGGCCCAAGUUCUCUGUGGUGAGGGAGUGGAUAAGUUGAUCCUGCCCCCCAGGAAUCAAACAGGCUACUUUAUGCUUCCCACAGUGAUAACAGACAUUAAGGAUGAAUCCUGCUGCAUGAAGGAAGAGAUAUUUGGUCCGGUGACAUGUAUUGUGCCAUUUGAUAAUGAAGAGGAAGUGAUUCAAAGGGCAAACAAUGUUAAAUAUGGGUUGGCAGCCACAGUGUGGUCUUCCAAUGUGGGGCGUGUCCACCGGGUGGCUAAGAAGUUGCAGUCUGGCUUGGUCUGGACCAACUGCUGGCUCAUCAGGGAACUGAACCUUCCUUUUGGGGGAAUGAAGAGUUCUGGGGUAGGUAGAGAGGGAGCCAAAGAGUCUUACGAAUUUUUUACUGAAGUCAAAACCAUUACCAUUAAACACUGACUUUGGUCAGUGGAGAAGCUGUGAAGGUCAAUGGCUGACUGCAGAGUAGUGAAAGGAAAUACUGACACAAAUUCCAGCCUUGUCUUGACUCAACAAAAAUAGUAUUUUUAUUGACUGGUGAAGAGAUGCUACUUUCAAUGUGGAUUCAAAGAAGAGAGGACAUCUCCGUGGGAAAGCCCAGAAUAGAAGCCAAAUAUAGAGUCCUUCAAUGAGUGUUAUAUCUUCUAAGGUUUUUUUUUUUUUAAUCACUUUGAAUUCAUGUGAAAUCACUGACAUUUUGAUUUUAUUUUCAUUUGCAAGUAUAUGGUAAAUAUUUUUUACAAAGCUGAAGGGCUGCAAAUCAGCAUAAUUUACCACCUAUGUUGAAAUGGUUUCUCUCCAUACAUUAGUUACUAGUCCGGUUAACUGAUUAUUGACUGUACUUUUCUAUAUAAGGCAACAGCAACUAUUAGUGAUAAGCAGUAUGGAAUUUGUUAGAGAAGGCAUAUAAAGUAGGUUCCACUAAAUGGAUCAAUAUAUUGAUCAGAGGAAAGAGAAAAAUAAAAUAACCAGUACUAUUAGAGGAAAUUUUAAACAAGAAAAGGAGAUAAUUUCAUCCAUGGAAUUGAUCAAUUCUAAUCCUCACUGUGCAUAUCUCAUUAGAAAAUAAAUUUUAAGUGAUUUUAAUAA